GACGUGUUUUGUUAUUCGUUUAUUUUAAUCGACUCUUGACCUGAAGAAAAAGCUUCGUCUCUUCGCUUUGCAAGGAAGGGGGAAGGUGAGAAACGAAACCUUCUUCGAAAAUCUCCUUCCCUUCUUUAAUAGCUUCGAGGGAGAGAAGAUGAAGCAGUGUAGUCUUGGAAUUGAUGGUUUACGAAGCUCUCUCUCUCCGUCCUCCAUCGAUUCAUCUUCUUUAACUCUCUCCGCUUCCAAAUCUGAACACGAAGAUUCUAUCUUCCGUGAUUAUACUUUAGACCUCUCCUUCUUGUCCUCCGAUGAUUCUCUGUCUCGCGAUGUGGACACAACAACCAAAGAAAGACAGGAAAAGACAGCCUUGCUAAACCCCAAUCCACUUGUCUCGAAAUUGCCAGAGAUGCUGAUUGUGUCCUCCACCGUUGCUGGCGAUGGCGAGCUGGAACUGUCAUGUGCCAACGCAACUGAAAAUUCUUCUACAGACUCUGAGGAAGAUACUCCUUGCUGGAUAGGAAUAAACUCUCGCGAGACUCUCGCCUCAGGUGGUGCCAUUUGCAGGCGUUCUACGGAUGAUCUCAGUGGGUUUCGUAGAUUGAAUCCUUUGGCGCCACAGUUUAUACCAUCCAACUCUAUCAAGAUUCUUGAAAAGGAUGAGAAGAAUGGUUCUUCCUCUUUGAAGAAGUCUCUCUCUUCUGAUUUCCCAUCAUCCUCAGGGGAAUUCAACUUAGACGAUGCUGCAAGCAUCUUGGCAGAUGAAAGUUUGGGUUUUGUAUCUCAAGAUAGCGUUUCUAGAAAUGAGUUCCAGCAAUCUAAAAGGUUGGAUCCUUUGGCUCCUGUGUUCCUUCCCUCAAAUGCAAAACUAACUCCUUCUGUCCAUGAAGCUUUUGAGACAAAUGCACAUUCAACUUCUGCUCUUACUUAUUCAGAUAAUAAGUCGCUAGGGAAGGUCAAGAUUGAUACACCUUCGGGAGAAGCUGGUCGUAUUCAUAUAUCAGGUUCGUGCAAUCCUUGGCUUGAAUCCACAGUUGGCCUUACGGAGUCUGCAAAACUAGGAAGCUCCAGCAACAAGUCUCGUGGUCAGAGGAGACUGAAUCCAUUGGCUCCUCAGUUCUCUCUUUCUGUUACCAAACCGAAAGCAUAUAGCUACGAGAAAUACCAAGCCGUAGAUGGAAGUUCUUCACUCAAAUCUCCAACAGCGGACAGUAACUUUGGGUCUACUAAGUGGUAUGCGGUGGAGCCAAACACUACACUUUCAGCGAACGGUAAUCAAGAUUUUCAGCAUCCUUUUCCAUUUCACGUGGUGGAAACUUCAGCGGGUUCGUCUUCAAGGAAUGCGAAAGCUUUAUCUGGUGGCUCAUCUCCAAAGAUGGAUGUGAUGAAACUACUUACAACGAUCCAUGGUCUGUCGGAGUUACUAACACUUGCACAUGGUUCAGAAUCCUCAGAUUCACCGGAAGAGCUUGAUCUCAUUAACAGUACUGUACAGAAUCUCAACAUGUACAUCCAAAAUGGCAUUCAGGAACAAAGCGUUGUACAACACAAUUCAUAUGAUCUACAGCUUUUAUCUAACAAGAGUAAGCUAUCGAUUAGAGACCUUCAGCUUCCGAGCACAAAUAAUAUGACCGUCGACCUUGGUGUUACAAGGAAGGAGAAAUACUCUGUGGUCUCAGGGGAGACGUUUCCAGAUUCUGGUUUGUAUCAAUAUGGUGUGACCAAAGAUGAGGGCUUUGGUCAGGUUGUGGCUAAAAGUGGUUACCAGCAGAAUCAUCAAGGCGAGGAGCAGAUUAACCCGCAUGCACUGUUCUAUAAAAGCUUAUGGCUAAAGGCUGAAGCAGACAGGUGUUUGAUGGUAUACGAGACUUCUCUUUCGAAUCCUGGUUCUUGAGGUGUGUUAGAAAGGUCGGCAUGUAAAAUUUCGGAGAACAGGGCAGACAUGUGUUGUGACUAAACGUGCAGAAGGAUGAAGUUGGUGCUCUACAUGACUCGAGAGAAUGAGUUUAGUUAUAAUCUCUGUAAUUACUUGCAUAAUCCUUACUGAUCGAUCAAAACUUGUCUUACUUUUUGCCAGAAUCUGGGUACUGUUUGGUCGUGGAGCCUUUUGAUUGCUGAAGAUUUUAAUGUUUUCUUGUUAUGUGGUCCUGAUCUUGAAUUAUCAGAUGUAUAAACAAGCGAUUUUGUAACUUUUCUCUUAACUAUGUCAUAACGCUCUUUUGUAAUAUAGUGCUUUUUUUCUUACGAA